AUGGGCUCCGUGUCCAACCAACAGUUUGCAGGUGGCUGCGCCAAGGUAGCAGAAGAGGCGCCAGAGGAGGCGCCAGCGGAUGCGGCCCGGGCGGCGGACGAGCCUCAGCUGCUGCACGGUGCAGGCAUCUGUAAGUGGUUCAACGUGCGCAUGGGGUUCGGCUUCCUGUCCAUGACCGCCCGCGCCAGGGUCGCGCUCGACCCCCCAGUAAACGUCUUUGUGCACCAGAGUAAGCUGCACAUGGAGGGCUUCCGGAGCUUGAAGGAAGGUGAGGCCGUGGAGUUCACCUUUAAGAAGUCAGCCAAGGGUCUGGAAUCCAUCGGUGUCACUGGACCUGGUUGGGUGUUCUGUAUUGGGAGUGAGAGGCGGCCAAAGGGGAAGAACAUGCAGAAACGCAGAUCAGGAGACAAGUGCUACAACUGUGGAGGUCUAGACCAUCAUGCCGAGGAAUGCAAGCUGCCACCCCAGCCCAAGAAGUGCCACUGCUGCCAGAGCAUCAGCCAUAUGGUAGCCUCAUGUCCACUGAAGGCCCAGCAGGCCCCUAGCGCACAGGGAAAGCCAACAUACUUUUGGGAGGAAGAAGAAGAAAUCUACAGCCCUGCCCUGCUCCCGGAGGCCCAGAAUUGA